UUGUGGCAGCAAUUCAAGCCGUAGAGAGGAAGGUGGAUUCUCAUGCCACACGGUUGUUGGAUCUGGAGGGGAGAACUGGGAUGGCUGAGAAGAAAUUAAUAGACUGUGAGAAAACAGCAGUGGAGCUUGGCAACCAGUUGGAGAGUAAAUGUGCUGCGCUAGGAACUCUGAUCCAGGAGUACGGGCUGCUGCAGAGGAGGCUGGAGAACAUGGAGAACCUGCUGAAGAACAGGAACUUCUGGAUCCUGAGACUCCCCCCAGGCACUAAUGGAGAAGUCCCUAAGGUGCCCGUGACAUUUGAUGACGUCUCAGUCUAUUUCAAUGACAAGGAGUGGGAGAAACUAGACGAAUGGCAGAAGGAACUGUACAAGAAUGUAAUGAAGGGCAAUUAUGAAUCUUUGAUCUCCUUAGACUCUGCAAUUUCCAAACCUGGUGUUUUGUCACAUGUCGAACAAGGAGUAGAGUCACGGGUCAGAGGGCAGCAGGACUCAGAUGAGGAGAGAGAAAUCGUUACUGACCCCAGUGCAGCAGGUAUAAGGGUUGUGAUCAAAACAGAGGAGAUUAAUCCUGAGGACUGCCCUGAAAACCUGGAGCUGGACAGAAUGUUGGAACGAUCAGAAGGAAGUUUCCAGAAUCCAGACCAGGAAGUAACCCAUGGUAGUCCGUAUGGCUCAGUAACGCCUCCGAGAAACCCCUCAGGGAACUGUCUGGAUGAGUCCACUGAAUAUAAAACAGAUUUCAGUGAAAUCAGAAGAGUCAUUGUUCAGCAGGGUAACUGCACAGAUGAUGGGAUUGUGAUCAAAACUGAGGAGGAGGAUGAUCCUGACACCCUGGAGCCAUAUGCCAUGUUCUCAGGCAGAGCAGAGCAGCAGAUUUUCCAGAAUCAUGAGCAGGGGACAACCUGUGAGGCUCAGUGCAGUUCCAAAAUGCAACAGAGAAACCUAAUCGGAAACAGGCCAGGGCAAUCUGCUCCCUGUGAAAGAGACUCCAGUGAAACGAAGACGGUCAUCGUCCACCAGAGAAACCGCACCAGGGAAAGACCUUAUAUCUGCCCUGAGUGUGGGAAAAGCUUCAUGCUGAAGAUCAACUUUAUAAUCCACCAGAGGAACCAUCUCAAAGAGGGGCCCUACGAAUGUAAUGAGUGCGACUUAAGCUUCAGGAUCAAGCAGCAGUUUAUCCUGCACCAGCGCAGCCACACACGACGGGGAGUCGGCCCAGCCCGGCGUGUGGAGAACUUCAGAGACAAGCACAGCCUCAAGCCAGAGCAGAGAACGCCACCGGCAGGGAAACCCUAUAAAUGCACAGAGUGUGAGAGCAGCUUCAGCCACAAGUCGAGCCUCAGCAAACAUCAGAUCACGCACGUGGGGGAGCGGCCGUACACGUGCAGUGAGUGCAGGAAGAGCUUCCGGCUGCAGAUCAGCCUGAUCAUGCACCAGAGGAUCCACACUGGGAAGAGCGAGAUGUCCUUCAUAUGCCCUCAGUGUGGGAAAAACUUUAGUCGCCCCUCCCAUCUCCUCAGGCACCAGAGGACUCACACGGGGGAGCGGCCCUAUAAAUGCACCCAGUGCGAGAAAACCUUCAGUGAGAAGUCCAAGCUUACCAACCACUACCGCAUCCACACGCGGGAGCGGCCGCAUGCCUGCACUGAAUGCGGCAAAGGCUUUAUCCGCAAGCACCACCUGCUGGAGCACCAGCGCAUCCACACUGGGGAGCGACCCUACCACUGCACUGAGUGCGGCAAGAACUUCACUCAGAAGCACCACCUGCUGGAGCACCAGCGGGCUCACACUGGCGAGAGGCCCUACCCCUGCACUGAGUGCACUAAGUGCUUCCGAUAUAAACAGUCCCUUAAGUACCACUUGAGGACGCACACGGGGGAGUAGGAGCCAAUGGGAGCUGCACCCCACCUGGGCAUUUGAGUCAGGAGUCUUUGUGGAAGGAAGCAGUGGUGCAACAGUGUGUAGGGACUGAUAAUUUGAUGUAAAACAAAUAAAGCAAAUAACAUGCAGCAAAAUUUAAAAGAACAGAAAAAGCUAAUUUAGGGUAAAUAUUCAUCAUAAUGUACAGGAUAUUUUGCUGAAGUAGGACUAACUGCUUUUUAAAUCUAUUCUUUUUGAUAAUAAAUGUGAAGUAACUUUUAUUUGAUAAGCAAAUUUAAGAUUUCAUUUUUUUUAAAUAUAUAAUUUUACACUGU